AUGUCACGCAAGCGGAAAGCUCUGCCCUUCAAGGAUAAACUUGAAAUCUUAUCCAAGAGAAAGCGUGCCGACCUCGCAAAGGAGCUUGGCAUCCCGCAAUCGGCACUCAGCACAAUCGUCGGCCAGCGAGACGGAAUUCUGAAGAACGUCCAACAGUUUGGGAUCAACGUGAAGCAGGCUAAGCCUGCACAACACGUCAAGCUUGAGGAGGUCCUUUUAGCCUGGUUUAAAGAAGUUACAGCAGCCGGUAUCAACGUCGACGGCAAAGUGUUACGGGAAAAGGCGGACGAGAUUGCACUCUCCCUUGGAGUAGAAAAUUUCCUGGUCUCCACUGGUUGGCUUCGUCGAUUUAAAGCAAGGCACAGACUUGUUUACAAGAGCGUCUGUGGUGAAGGAAAGAAGGUGGACGAGGAUGUCGUUAGCGAGUGGAUGACGAGCACGUUGCCCACGCUCCAUGCAGGGUAUGAACCACGAGACGUUUUCAACGCAGACGAGGCUGGACUUUUCUUCAAUGUUCAGCCAGGGAAAAGCCUAUGCUUCAAAGGCCAGAACUGUCAGGGCGGCGAGAAAAGUAAGCAGAGAGUCACCGUUCUAUUUUGCUGCAAUGCCGACGGUUCAGAGAAGAUGAAACUGACAGUCAUCAGGAGGUCCCUGAAGCCCAGGUGUUUCAAGCACGCAGGUCGCUUGCCUUGUCUUUAUAAGGCUAAUAAAAAGGCAUGGAUGACUGGGUCACUUUUUGAAGAAUUUCUGCCAUACCUGGAUCGCAAGAUGGCCUGCAGCAACAGAAAGAUUGUGCUGAUCAUCGACCAGUGCUCUGCACAUCCAAAACAAGAUGAGCUUCAGAAAGUUAAGGUCCUGUUCCUGCCCCCGAAUGCAACAAGUCAUUUGCAGCCGCUGGACGCCGGCAUCAUUCGGAACGUUAGGCACCAUUUCAAAGAGCUUCUGAUGCGGCGUCUUCUCGCAAAAAUCGACCGAAAAGACCAGCAUUUGCAGAUCAACCUCUUGGACGCUCUGCAUUUUGUCGCAAUGUCGUGGGACCGUGUGACUGCCACAACGAUGCAGAACUGCUUUCGGAAGUGCGGAUUUUUCAACCAAACUGCUCCGAGUGCAGACGCCGAUGUGGACGCCACGGAGGACGAUCUCGCAAUUGAGAACUGGGACCAUCUUGGUGUGGAAGUGUCUGCGCACGAUUUUGUCACAGUCGAUGACGACCUUGCGACGUGCGGAUUGAGGAGCAUCGACAAAAUAGUCAGCGAAGGGGGACCGCAGGCAUCAGGUUCGUGCAGUGAGGAAGACACCGCCGAUGAGCACCCGCCGACUACAGCCGAAACGUUAGACGCGCUCGAUGUUCUGCGGCGUGUCGUGGACUCUGAGGGCAUGAGCGAAGACGCGUGUGAACGGUUUUACGCAUUUCAACGCACUCUUCUAAAACAUAUUGAAGGAACGAAAAAGCAGCUCCCAAUUACCGACUUCUUUUGUUGCAAAUAG